UGCCAUGCCAGGUUUGGCUGUGCUGGGCCUUGGCCUGGCAGCUCUCCUGGGCCUUGGGACAGGGACCUCCUUGUGCCUGUCACGGCAACUCAGGAUGCAAGGGGACUAUAUUCUGGGUGGGCUCUUCCCCCUGGGGUUAGCCGAGGAGGCUGGUCUCCGCCACAGGACACGGCCCAGUGGCAUUGUGUGCACCAGGUUCUCAUCCCUUGGCCUGUUCCUGGCAAUGGCCAUGAAGAUGGCUGUGGAGGAGAUCAACAACAGCUCCACCCUGCUGCCGGGGCUGUACCUGGGCUACGACCUCUUCGACACAUGCUCGGAGCCCAUGGCCACCAUGAAGCCGAGCCUCACGUUCCUGGCAGAAGCAGGCAACGGCAGCAUUGCUGCCUACUGCAACUACACGCAGUACCAGCCCCGUGUGCUGGCGGUCAUCGGGCCCCAUUCGUCAGAGCUGGCCCUCAUCACGGGCAAGUUCUUCAGCUUCUUCCUCAUGCCACAGGUGGGCCCACCUCUCCUGUGUCCCCCUUGGGUCCUGCCUGAGGGAUCCCUCACGCCAGGGGUCUUUUGGCCACCACAGGUCAGUUACGGUGCCAGCAUGGAUCGGUUGAGCAACCGAGAGACCUUCCCAUCCUUCUUCCGCACGGUGCCCAGCGACCGGGUGCAGCUGGAGGCCAUGGUGAAGCUGCUGCAGAAAUUUGAGUGGAACUGGGUGGCUGCCUUGGGCAGUGACGACGAGUAUGGCCGGGAGGGCCUGAGCAUCUUCUCGGGCCUGGCCAACGCACAGAACAUCUGCAUCGCACACGAGGGCCUGGUGCCACUGCUCAGCGCCGAUGCCCUGCAGCUGGGCAAGGUGCUGGACGUGCUGCACCAGGUGAACCAGAGCAACGUGCAGGUGGUGGUGCUGUUUGCCUCCUCCCAGGCUGCCCACGCCCUCUUGAACUACAGCAUUCAUCACAGCCUCUCGCCAAAGGUGUGGGUGGCCAGUGAGGCCUGGCUGACCUCAGACCUGGUCAUGACACUGCCUGGAAUUGCCCAGGUGGGCACUGUGCUUGGCUUUCUGCAGCGGGGCGUCCAGCUGUCUGAGUUCUCCCAGUAUGUGGAGACACACCUGGCCUUGGCUUCUGACCCAGCCUUCUGUGCCUCGCUGGAUGAUAAGCCAGACCUGGAGGAGCACGUGGUAGGGCCGCGCUGCCCCCACUGUGACCACAUCACGCUGCAGAACCUGUCAACAGGGCUGCUGCAGAACCUGUCGGCCGGGCAGCUGCACCACCAGAUUUUCGCCACCUAUGCAGCUGUGCACAGUGUGGCCCAGGCCCUCCACAACACACUGCGGUGCAGCCCCACAAGCUGCCCCACGCAGGAGCCUGUGCGGCCCUGGCAGCUCCUGGAGAACAUGUACAACAUGAGCUUCCGUGCUCGAGGCCUGGCACUGCAGUUCGAUGCCAGUGGAAACGUGGACAUGGAGUAUGACCUGAAGAUGUGGGUGUGGCAGAGGCCGACGCCCAGGCUGCGCACUGUGGGCACCUUCAAUGGCAGCCUUUGGCUGCAACCCUCACUGAUGCACUGGCACACACCAGGCAACCAGGCACCCACGUCCCAGUGCUCCCGGCAGUGUGAGGAGGGUCAGGUCCGCCGCGUGAAGGGCUUCCACUCCUGCUGCUAUGACUGCGUGGACUGCAAGGCAGGCAGCUUCCGGCAGAGCCUAGAUGACUUCGUGUGCACCUCAUGUGGCCAGGACCAGUGGUCCCCGGAGCGGAGUACCCGCUGCUUUCCCCGCAGGCCCAGGUUCCUGGCGUGGGGGGAGCCGGCCGUGCUCCUGCUGCUCCUGCUGCUCAGCCUGGCACUCAGUCUGACACUGGCCACACUAGGGCUCUUCAUCCUCCAUCGGCACAGCCCGCUGGUUCAGGCCUCAGGGGGGCCACUGGCCUGCUUUGGCCUGGCCUGCCUGGGCCUCGUCUGCCUCAGCGUCCUCCUGUUCCCAGGCUGGCCCAGCCCAGCCACCUGCCUCGCCCAGCAGCCCCUGGCACACCUCCCACUCACUGGCUGCCUGAGCACACUCUUCCUGCAAGCAGCAAACACCUUUGUGGAGUCAGAACUGCCACCAAGUUGGGCGACCUGGCUGCAUGGCCACUUGCAGGGUCCCUGGGCCUGGCUGGUGGUGCUUCUAGCCAUCCUGAUGGAGGCAGUGCUGUGUGCCUGGUAUCUGGUGGCUUUCCCACCAGAGGUGGUGACAGACUGGACGGUGCUGCCCACUGAGGCUCUGGUGCACUGCCACGUGCGCUCCUGGGUGAGCCUGGGCCUGGUACACAUCACCAAUGCCUCACUGGCCUUCCUCUGCUUCCUGGGCACCUUCCUGGUGCAGAGCCAGCCUGGUCGCUACAACCAAGCCCGUGGCCUCACCUUUGCCAUGCUAGCCUACUUCAUCACCUGGGUCUCCUUCGUGCCCCUCCUGACCAACGUUCAGGUGGUCUACCAGCCUGCUGUGCAGAUGGGUGCUAUCCUCCUCUGUGCCCUGGGCAUCCUGGCUGCCUUCCAUCUGCCCAAGUGCUACCUGCUUCUGUGGUGGCCCAGGCUCAACACCCCUGAGUUCUUCCUGGGGGCAGGUUCUAGGGAUGCCAGGGACAGGGGUGGGAGUGGGAGUGGGGAGGGGCCUCAAAGAAACGAGGGACCCUCAACCCCACAACCUGAUGCCCAGUGAACUCAGCCCUAGUAGAGACCCUCCAAACCCAGCAGCCCCCAGACUGUGCCUCC